CUUUCCUCUGCCAACGCAAUUUCCGGUCUAUCAAUUCCACAGCCAAACAAACAACCCUUCCCUCCGCUCAAAUUUCUCUGCAAAAGUUUCUCCAAAAUGCCGAGCAGGACAGCCGGCGUGAUCUCCCAGGACUGGGAUCCGGUGGUGCUGAGGAAGAAGCCGGCGAAAGGCCACGAACGCGACCCCAAGGCCGUGAACCAGGCCCUCCGAACGGGCGCGCCGGUCCAGACGAUCAGAAAAUCGGACGCCGGUUCGAACAAGAAGCCGACCGCCGCGCCGGUGGUGAACGCGCGGAAGCUGGACGAGCUGACGGAGCCGGCGGCUCUGGACAGGGUGCCGGCGGAGGUGAGGCAGCUGAUCCAGAAGGCGCGGCUGGAGAAGAAGAUGAGCCAGGCGGAGCUGGCGAAGCACAUCAACGAGCCGCCGAAGGUCGUGCAGGAGUACGAGAACGGGAAGGCGGUACCUAACCAGGCGAUCCUGGCGAAGAUGGAGAAGGUGCUCGGCGUCAAGCUCAGGGGGAAGGUCGUCUCCAAGUAAAUAAACAACAGAAAGAAAGUGCGCUCGAUGGCCAGUAUUAUGUAAUUAGUAACUAGCGUUUCCUUGGGAUUGUGGUUGGGGAUUUGGACAUAGGUGUUUGUUUGUGCCUUGCCUGUAAUUUCGUUCGUUCACUGAAAUGAGAAUUGCUUGAAUUUCGCAAAUCGUUUCGUCCGGGGUGACGUUGAUUCAGGGUUGAGGCCAGAAUAAAUGUUCAGUUCAGGG